UUCAUUCAUCAGCUCAGAUAUUGAAGCGUAAGCGCCAUGGAUUACUCUGCUGCUCGAAGAAAUAAAGGAGGCCUCUACGAAGGUCUCUACAGAUUGGUUAUGCGCCGCAACUCCGUUUAUGUUACCUUCAUCGUCGCCGGUGCUUUCCUUGGCGAGCGGGCUGUGGAUUAUGGAGUUCAAAAGCUGUGGGAGUACAACAAUCUUGGGGUAAUAACGUCUGCUACCAUUUCUAAACGGUAUGAAGACAUUUCAGUUUUGGGGCAAAGGCCAACGGAGGAAUGAAAAAUCUCAGCCAUCUUGAAGUUGCAUAGAUGUUGGGGGCUAUCAAUUUUUGCUGUUGCAAUAAGCUUGUUUUGGUGUAACACUUGCGCAUUUUGUCUUGCUCAAAUGCGUCGUUGCAAUUUUUGAAUCUAUUUGCAUUUGUAUGAAUAAUUUGUCUCUAUAAUGUGUUGGCUUCGAACAUCUAACCAGAGGUUGCUGCUCCAUUACUUAAAUUAAUAUUCCUCUAUUAGCAUUC